ACAUACACACCAGCCAGCAGCAGGUGCUAGUCGAGCUACUAGCUGAAAUUUUCCACUGCCGAUUAGUGAGUUUCAGUGAGCGCAGAGUUACCGCAGCACCAACAUUACACUAACCACCAGCAGCUCACCGGACAGGCCUGUGGAAAUAAACUCAGAUUAAGCAGCUCGACUGAUCCCGAAUCAGUCCUUGACGCGGGGAUGGACUUUCUGGCUGGAUGCAUAGGAGGUGCUGCUGGGGUGCUGGUGGGUCAUCCGUUUGACACUGUUAAGGUCCGUCUUCAGGUUCAGAGUGUGGAUAAACCUCUUUACCGCGGUACUUUUCACUGUUUCCAGUCCAUCAUACGGCAAGAGUCGGUGCUGGGUCUUUAUAAAGGCAUCGGUUCCCCUAUGAUGGGCCUGACGUUCAUCAACGCCAUCGUGUUCGGCGUGCAGGGGAAUGCCAUGCGCAGACUGGGCGAAGAUACGCCACUGAACCAGUUUCUGGCGGGCGCAGCGGCCGGUUCUAUCCAGUGUGUGAUCUGCUGCCCGAUGGAGCUGGCCAAAACACGCAUGCAGAUGCAGGGCACGGGCGAGAAGAAGUCCUCCUCCCGGAAAGUCUACAAGAACUCGCUGGACUGCCUGGCGCGCAUUUAUCAGCGUGAGGGUUUGCGCGGCGUCAACAGAGGGAUGGUGACCACGCUAAUCCGAGAAACGCCAGGAUUUGGGGUUUAUUUUCUGGCUUAUGAUCUGCUGACGCGUUCGCUAGGCUGCGAGCCGGAUGAUCCCUACAUGAUCCCCAAACUCCUGUUCGCCGGCGGCAUGUCUGGAAUCGCAUCCUGGUUAUCCACGUACCCGGUGGACGUGAUAAAAUCACGGCUGCAGGCAGACGGAGUCGGAGGAAAGUACCAGUACAGCAGCAUUAUGGACUGCACACGCAAGAGCAUCCAGCGCGAGGGCUUUCGAGUGUUCACCAGAGGACUCACGUCCACUCUACUGCGCGCGUUCCCGGUUAACGCGGCCACUUUCGCAACCGUCACCUUAUUUUUGUUGUACGUUCGUCCGGAUGAAGGGUCUAAGGAUUGCGAAGCUGCUCAUCACGCAACGCUGCAGCAACAAGCGCAACCGUCCAGUCUGUGAGUAAAUAUACAGCUGUGUUUCCAUUAUAAAUUAGAUUAUGUGCAAACUUGGAAUAUCGCAGACAUUCGCAAUUUAUGGGUCAAAGAGAAUCGUAAAACAAUAGUGAGAGAAGUAGUGCUGUAGGAUUCUCCACUGUGGGGUUUGUUCUCCUCUAAUAAAUGAGUUGCGCCUCAGAAGACGAAACGCAAUGAACGCCUUUUGAAGGCGUGAGACGGGAGCACAGACAGAUACUCAAGACGGUUCUGGAGGUAAUAAUAAUAGAAGAAGAAUAAUACUGAUGACGGACUGAUUAUAAGCAGCACUACAACAAUUUAGAUCUUUUACAUCAUGUCCUAACUACACGCUUCGGCUCAUGUAGAAGCUUAUUUUCAAUGUUAACAAAACAAGAUUUUGUCCUGAAGAUGCGUGAAAGCGAUGCAUGACAUUUCUAAUCUAUUUCUGCACCGUCACACUAGAACAACAGCAUAAACUACUAUAACAAUAAUCACCGCCGCUGCUCAUCAUGUGCUUUAUUCAGUGUUAAAUGCUGCUAAUAUUUGUCCAACUUUAUGGGUGUACUCACACUAGGCUAUUCAAACCGUACCCAGACACGUUUGACCUCCAUUUCCAGGUAGGAUUGACAAAUGUGAGCGCUCUGAAAUCGGGCUCAGGUGCAUUUCAGUUGGCCUGGCCUGGCUGGUUGGAAGAGGUGUGCCAGAGCGCGGUUCGGUUGGGCUUUGCCAAAGUACGCUUGUCUUCAGUUUCGAGCUCAGGGGCGCUUACAGUACGAGACGUGACUUUUAAGGGA